AUGCACGACGGAGAUGAAAAAAUUAAUAGGAUAAAGUUGCAGACGUUGAGAAAGCAAUUCGAGAUGACUAAUAUGAAGGAAGACGAAUCAGUCUCAGAAUUCUUCUUGUAUGUGGUGUUGCUGACGAACCAGAUGAAGGCGUAUGGUGAAUCGAUCAGUGAUUUGCAGAAGAUUGAGAAAGUGCUGAGAUCUUUGACUGCAAAUUUUAAUUACAUUGUCGUGUCCAUUGAAGAGUCCAAGAACCUAGCUGAGAUGAAGGUAGAAGAACUUCAAGCUUCAUUGGAGGCUCAUGAGAUGAGACUGAAGUAUAGGAACUCAAAGAGGGAGAAAGUGGUUGAAUGGGACAUGCAAGCAAGAUUCACAAAGAAAUAUGGGAAAUAA